AUGCAGAAACAUACCACAGGAAACCCUUAUGAAAAGCGGUUCGGCUACUCCAGAGCCGUCCGACAAGGACCGUUCAUCUUCGUAUCUGGCACCACUUCCAUCGACCCUCAGUCCGGCGAGAUUCUCCACCCCAGCUCGGCUUUCAAGCAAGCCCAGACUAUCUUCGAAGAGAUUUUUCGAGCCAUCAAAGCCUUAGGAGGAGACAAAACGAACGUCGUCCGCGUACGCAUGUUUAUCACGAACAGCGGUGAUGCAGACCAGGUUGGAACGGCUUUCAAAGAGGCUUUGGGAGAUGUGGCGCCGGCCGCGACGAUGCUGGUCGGGACUCGUUUUGUCUCCUGCGAGAUGCUGGUGGAGAUCGAGGCAGACGCGGUUGUCUCGUAUGAGUGA